UUCCUUGUUUGUCCGCCGCUCGCAGCCCCGCCCACAGCAGUGAUUAUUGUGUGUCAGGUGAAGAGAGUCGGCCCGGUUUGCCCCUUUAACCCCAAAGAUCUUAAAGACCUGUCCGGAGGGAGCAGGGGAGCCGGUCCAGAGCGGGUCUGAGAGGAACCCCGUCCUGGUAUGACACGGAUCUGACCCGGUUCGGAGCGGUUUUGUAACGGAUCCGGACCACUGGGAGGAAGAGAAGGAGGGAAAGUUUGCUCCAGCUUAUGUUCACGCGCCGUCGUCCGUCAUGUUCAGGUAGAGAUCGACCUCACGGCGCCCAACCAUGCGGAGGCAUCUGGAAAGGAUCCGCUUCCGGGGCCAGAGACGGGACGAGUUCCUGGACCUGGCUGAGUCGCCCAACACGUCCGACACGGAGAGCACGGAGGACGUCGUGCUCAAGCCUCGCGUCUCCGUCAGAGAGGCGGAGGAGCUGAGGGAGGUGGAGGGCGAGCAGCAGAGUGACGCUCAGGCUGGUCCCGGCUCAUUUUCUGCAGCUCUCCAAGACGACACCAAGACAGAUCUGAACGAGGUCAAAGGUCACCUCGAAAUCGCCCUGUUAGAGAAGCACUUCCUACAGGAGGAGCUGAGGAAACUCAAAGAGGAGUCCAACGUGGAGUCUCUGAGACAGGAGCUGGAGAAGGAGCGCAGCAGAUGUCUGGAGCUGGAGCAGAAGGUGAACGAGGUCUUGAGAUCCAGCCUUGAGGACUCACCUUCCCAGACUCCUAGAGCACCGCCCCCUCCUCCACCUGCAGCCAGCAGCACAGACUCAGCAGCUGAUAUGUCAGCAGGUGACCUGUCUCCCCACCACUCCCCCCAACCCCAUGAACAAGAAGAAAAACAGAAGGACACUCUGUUCGACAGCUUCUCCAAAUGGCUCUACGACCGUUUCGGGGUUUAUAUCGAGGACUUCCGCUUCCAGCCGGAGGAGCACACGGUGGAGACGGAGGAGCCGCUGAGUGCCAAGAGGUUGACUGAAAACAUGAGACGUCUCAAACGAGGGUUCAAACCUGUGACCAACUUCAUGAGGAACCUUUCUGCCUUAUCCAGCUGGUACUCCGUCUACACGUCGGCCAUCGCCUUCAUCGUCUACAUGUACGCAGCGUGUAACGGCUGGGCCAUCCCCAUGUUCCUCUUCCUCGCCAUCGUCCGCCUCUCUUUGAAUUACCUGAUUGCCAGAGGCUGGAGGAUCCAGUGGAGUAUCGUACCCGAAGUCUCCGAGCCCGUGGAGCCGCCUAAAGAAGACCUGACUGUGUCUGAGAAGUUCCAGCUGGUUCUGGACGUCGCUCAGAAAGCUCAGAAUCUGUUUGGGAGGAUGGCGAACAUCCUGGAGAAAAUAAAGAAUCUGUUCAUGUGGGUUCAGCCAGAGUUGACUCAGAAGCUGUACAUCGGUCUGUGGAUGGCCUUCAUCUCUUCCUGCCUGCUGCCGUACAAACUGCUGGGAUUCCUCAUAGGUGUGUACGCAGGUAUAAAGUUCUUCAUCAUCGACUUCAUCUUUAAGAGUUGUCCGAAGCUCAGGCAGCGCUUCGACACCCCCUUCAUCAUCUGGACCAAUUUACCCACCGACCUGCAGCUGAAGGAGCGCAGCAGCACCACGAUGAGCAGACGGGUCACCGCUGCAGGAAGCCGAGGCAGCGUCGGCGCCGCAGCUCCUCUGGGUGUCAGCCGAGACGAGGACGGAGGACGAAACUACAGCACCAAGAGAGGAACGUUUCAUGAAGUCUUCAGUCUGCCGGAGAGUGAGCGCCCCCUGACAGUGUGUGAGAACGGCUGGCGCUGCUGCCUCAUCAACAGAGACAGAAAAACACCCACAGACUACAUCCGGAACGGAGUCCUCUACGUCACUGAGAACUACCUGUGUUUCGAGAGCUCCAGCUCCAGGUCUGGAUCCUCCAAGAGGAACAAAGUCAUCAAGCUCACUGAAAUCACAGACCUCCAGAAGUACAAAGUCCUGUCAGUGCUGCCUGGAUCUGGGAUGGGAAUUUCAAUAGCUACACCAUCCACCCAAAAGCCGAUGGUCUUCGGCGCCAUGAUCCACCGAGACGAGGCUUUCGACGUCAUCAACGCCCAGUACACGAAGAUCAACACCAUGGCAACAGCCGCCAACCCAGAGACAUAGUAACACCUCUCCAAGAUGGCUGCCUUUACACAAAAACGCUGAAACUGUCACACGUCAUCCGGCGGGUACAUCUUCGAUCAGCUGCUGAUCAGAGUCUUCAGUCUUCGACAUUUAACCCCUGAUUGAUGUUAAAUCAGCCAAAGUCAGAAGUAACGACAGAAUCAGCACAACACUGUCAGUCCUGAGUGUUAUUAGCUUCUCAUCUCUCAUUAAUGAUCUGUAGUUGCUCAGAAUCACAUACGAGCUCAUGUAGGAGAGGUUCUUCCCUCUAAUUGAAUGUCACAUCUAAGUUGGACAUUACUUCAGCAUUAACUCCCUCAGUACGACCACCAUGACAUCGUCACCCUCCUCACUAACGUCUUCUAGUCGCUCCCUUCUCUGCUUUUUGAUAAUCCCUGUUAAUCACCAGUUAUUGAAACUUCCUUCCAGCACAAACGCUUCACACUGAAAGUCUUCCAAGGGCACAAUCCCUCCCUUACUUGGUCGACUUUAACACUGAUGUUCCUAAACACACCAGAGUGUCUCGCACAUUAAACUAAUACUUGAUUAGCAGAAAUUGAACAAUAUUUAUGAUGAAAUAAUCCAGUAACAUGCUAAUCAAACAUCCAAACUAGUGAAGGUCGACUGCUUCUCUCGGUUGUAUCCGUGUGCACUGGAUCUCUUGAGGUUUUGGAGUGUUGGAGUGACCGAACAAAAGAGUCAAAGACGCCGCCUCGGACUGAAAGCAUUCAGAUUGCUUCACUCUUAUCUAAACUAGGACUGCGUGCCAUGUCCAUAUGUGAUCCCAUGACAUUUUUAUUAACAUAAUAAAAGGAAAAAAAUCUUCCUGAAGCAGAUUACAGAACUCAGGAGAUGCUUGUACCAAACGAUGCAGGAUGUCUCGGGUUCCUGAGAACGAAGACUUUGGCGACUUCUAGUGGAAGAACUUGAAAUUGCAUUUUCUUGCAUCUUCUCAAUCAACCAAAACUGAACUCCUGAGUGAGCCUAUAUCAACAGAACACACUGCUUUCCCCUGAGAUAAAAAAAAGUCCUCUGUUUUCCUGAAUUAAGUUGCAUUCAAGGAUAUCCAGUAAUUUCAGCAACUCCCUAAUCAUCUCUUGUAGUCAGACUGAAUGCAUUUCAGAUGUAUCUCCAUGAUGCAUGCCAUAUCGGCUCAACAGAUUAGUCAAACUAAUAACACCGUCAGUGUUAUUUAAAGUGUCUCCAUGUCUCUCAACUCGAAACCAAAUUAAUACAGGAUACAACAGUGGGGUCAUGUUAGCUUCCUUAAAGGUGACAUAUCAUGCAAAAUUGACUUUUUAAUGGUUCUCAACUUAAAAAUGUGUCCUUGUCUACAAACCCCCCGAGAAUGAAAAGAAUCCAUUCUGCCCCUGUUCUGAUUUCUCCACCUUUCUGUAAAUGUGUGCUGAAACCAGCCGUUUCAGUUUUCAGUGUUUUUCAUACGUCACAACGCCAUCCGAUCUGUAACAGGAAGUCAGAGCUCGGAGCUUGUUCAGCCCAUAGACUGUAUAAAAUACAACUCAACCCCUCCUCCGUUUUUCAUUCCCUGCACACACGUGUGCUAACAAGGAGCUUAGGAGGGAGGCAUGCUAGUUGUAGGCUGUCUUAAUAAACACAAAGGUUGGUUUUACUCCCCAGGCCUGCAGAUUUGAAGAUCUAGUGGAUGAUUUUUAUUUUUCAUGGAGAAGUGCUAGCGUUAGUUAGCAUAGCCACAUAGCUACAUGUUCGUAGCUGUGUACCAAGACACACGUCGACAUACUGACAAAUAAAACAACAAGAAACACUAAAUCUGUGACCAAUGGUUCAGAAAGGUCCUGCUGCAGUCGCCUCUCCGUCAGGAUCAGAUUCUGGAUCAGACUCAGAGGGUUGAAGUAACGCGGGUCUGUGAGCUGCCGUGUAUAUUCAGCCAACAUGUAAACAUUAGAUCAACGUGCUGGAGAGCCGAGGGCACAUCCACUUCCUGAGGGGGCGUGGUCAGAGAGAAAACAGACUGUUCUGAGGAGGGCUGAAGAAGAGGGGUUCUUCAGGCAGACCAAAAUCUGAUUUCAAAGUGUUUUUUUGAGCAUAAACUUUAAAGACAUGUUUUGGGGACCUCUUAGACCAAUAUAUGUUGAUGAAAAAAGCGUGAUAUGUCACCUUUAAGUGGCCUAAAUAAGAGCAUCCAUUGGGUUUUCAAGGUGUCUUGUUAAUUCAAAAAUAUUGAUGAUUUUUUCUAAAAUGAAUGCAAUCUAUUCCUUAUGAACAUUAUAUCCAUUAUUUAACUAAUAACGCUGCACUUCUAUUAUUAAGUAUCUCAAUUAAGGUAAUUAAGGGAUGGUAUCACUCGCCACAGAGUAUUUAAUGUUAGUUUUGCUUCAAUGAACUCUUCAAAACCACAAAAUAUCCAGGUUAUAACGGUAUACAACAGAGGUGAUAAGCAUAUAGUUCAAAUAAUCAACUAAAUUCAGCCGUUUUCACAGUGUUAGAAGCAGAUAAUCAUGUUUAAACCUCAUUAUUUGCAUUAGUGUCUUCAGGGAAAUGUAAAAACUUCAUUAUCUGUAUUGUAAUACGCCUUACAGUCUUGUUAAUGUGACGAUAUGUUCUUUAUAAAGGUACAAGAUCUUCUAUUCAGUUUGAAUGUCCUCAGAGUACUGUAGUUUCUGUGCAACAUUUGAUAGAACGAUAAACCACAAAAUUCACCACUUUGUUUUUUUUUUCUGUGUUAGCUAGCUAAAGCUAAAGAAGCAGCUACAACGUGUUCUCCUGUUUUGCCUGACGGUUCAGUUCAGCUUCAUUUUUUCUUUCAUCAGAAAUCAUAGGAGCUAAAUUAACCAGACGCCACACAGCAGUGUCAGUUAUUCGCUUUUUACCGACUGUUUUACGCAACUUUUUCUCCGGGCUGGAGGCUAACCUAGCUAAAGCUAAUCGCUACAACACAAUGACUUGAAAUUUUAGGUUUUUAUUUAGAACUUUUAACUUACAGAUUUUUGUUUUGCGUCAUUCAUCAGCUCGUGGUUUAAAACCGAGCUGAGAUUAUGUUUGUUUCGGGUUCUGUUUAACUUUAGCUUCCUCAUUAGCCUAGCUAACCGGCUAAAGCUAAACUAGUCAGAUGACAGGCGGAAAUGCUCUCUCUCGUUUCUUAAAAAAAAAAACUGAGAGUUGUGAUAGAAUGAAAACAGCUAAUUAACUCUGUCUGCUGACACUCAAGUUUUUGCCUUUCAAUUCAAAACUUUUGCUCUCGAAUUGCUUCUAGUCAGAUCUAAAGGAGACAUUUGGAAUGGAAUGGACAGAAUAGAAUGGAAUGAAUGGAAAAAUUGAAUGGAAUGAAUGGAAUGGAAUGGAAUGGAAUGGACAGAAUAGAAUGGAAUGAAUGGAAAAAUGGAAUGGAAUGAAUAGAAUGGACAGAAUGGAAUGGAAUGAUUGGAAAGAAUGGAAUAUAAUGGAUUUGAAUGAAUAGAAUAGAAGAGAAUAGUUUGUAAUGAAUAGAAUGGACAGAAUGGCAUGAAUGGAAUAGAAUAGAAUGGAAUGAAUAGAAUGGACAGAAUGGAAAGAAUGGACGUAAUAGAAUGAAAUGAAUAGAUGGAAUGGAGUGAAAUGAAUGAAAUGAAUGAAAUGAAUGAAAUGGAAUGGAAUGGACAGAAUGGAAUGAAUGGAAUAGAAUGGAAUGGAAUGGAAUGGAAAGAAUGGACAUAAUAGAAUGGAAUGAAUGAGUGGAAUGAAUGAAAUGAAUGGAAUGGAAUGAAUAGAAUAGAAUGGAAUGGACAGAAUUGAAUGGAAAGGAAUGGAAUGAAUGGAAUAGAAUGGAAUUGGAUAGCUGGAUUGAAUUUAAUAGAUUCCGGAACAGUUAUUUUUUCCUCCAUCAGGUCGUUUAACUUUGACUCUGAAUUCGGCUAAAGUGCAGCUAUGUAGUUUUUUAAAAAGUGCGUCUCUUUCUUCUGAUCAUCGUCUGUCUUUAACUUUGUCUUUCGUCUGUUCCUCAGAGGAACCAAAUGAGUGUAAAAAUGGUCAGUCUAAGGGCUGUCACACCAGCAUUUAUAAUUUAACUCCCGUCUAAUUCUCCAUUUCUACAAACACAUGACUCAUUUUACAUUCCAAACGUAAACAAUCAUUAAACUGGAGAAUCCUUUCAAGGCAAGUAAAUAUAACUCGAUUGAUAAGUACUCGGUCUAACCUGUAUCGACCCGUCCACCAGAGAAAACCAUGAGUUUGUUUUUUAAUCUCAAGUCGAUAAAACAUGAAUUCAUGUUUAUUCAAACAGUUCUGAUGAGUCCUUCUCACUGUUUGGAUUCUGCCUACUGAAGCUCUUUUGUUGCCAAGUAUUUUGUGUUUUACAGUUUUUCAUUUUGCUUCUUGAACAAAAAGUUAAAACUGUAAAAAAAAAAGUUGCAGUAUUGAUGCCAGUUGUUAAUACCAUGUUGCCUCAUUCAGACAUUUGUAGUUGUGUGUGUCCCGACGCUUCAACACCUAAUCUCCCGCGGUUUGUUUUUGUGGUUUAUCAGGGUUUCAUUUUGACAUUUUAAAACGUAAACUCUGUGAGCAUUUCUCUGUCGAGCUGUUGUGUCUUUUGAAUGUAAGGGUUUUAUAAAAACGGUGUCAUUGUACAAACAGGUGUAAUAUUUUUAACUGAGAUGAUUUCUGUUGUAAAAAUUUGAUUUUGAUUUUUUAUUUAAGUAAAAUCAAAUGUCAAACUCC